CAUUUGUUUUGGCAGCAAGCUGCAUUGAACAUUAUAUUUCUUGCCACUUUUCAAGAGCAUUUCAACCCUUUUAAGGGGCUAUUUCGCACUCUGCAAAGAUGUCAUCGCCACUGUCGAAACCUCAGAUAAUUGCGCAUAUUCAGAAAAGUUUGAACUACACCGUUUUUGACAGUAAAUGGAUUCCCUGCAGCGCGAAGUUUGUCUGCCUCGGGAACUUUCCGAGGGGAACCGGGGUGAUGCAAAUAUACGAAGUUCAGCGCGGAGAGGCUCAGCUUAUCAAGGAGGUAGAGAAGCCUAAACCCAUAAAGUGUGGGACAUUCGGGGCCACCUCUCUGCAACAAAGACACAUAGCAACUGGGGAUUUUGACGGAAAUCUCAACAUAUGGAAUCUAGAGAUGCCUGAAGUGCCAGUGUACACUGUAAAGGCCCACAAAGAGAUAGUGAAUAGUAUCGAUGGUGUUGGAGGCCUGGGGAUUGGCGACGGUGCACCUGAGAUAGUCACUGGAAGCAGAGACGGGACAGUGAAGGUGUGGGAUCCUCGACAGAAGGAUUCACCUGUAGCCAACAUGGAGCCUAUGGAAGGAGAAACCAAGAGGGACUGCUGGACUGUUGCUUUUGGUAAUGCCUUCAACGAUCAAGACCGCUGUGUGUGUGCUGGCUACGACAACGGAGAUAUAAAACUCUUUGACCUGCGGAAUAUGUCUCUACGGUGGGAGACCAACAUUAAAAAUGGGGUAUGCUGUGUGGAGUUCGACAGGAAAGACAUCAACAUGAACAAACUGGUAGCCACCUCACUGGAGGGAAAAUUCCAAGUCUUUGACAUGAGGACCCAGCACCCCACCAAGGGCUUCGCCUCUGUUUCCGAAAAGGCCCAUAAAUCAACCAUCUGGCAGGUGAGACAUUUACCUCAAAACAGAGACAUCUUUAUGACUGCAGGGGGAGCAGGCAAUAUACAUCUAUGGAAAUACGAGUAUCCCGCUCAGAGAAGCAAGAAGGACUCAGAUGAUGUGAACGUGGGCGUAGCCGGCUCUGUCAACCUCUUACAGAACGUCACUCUGUCCACUCAGCCAAUCGCCAGUCUGGACUGGAGCCCCGACAAGCAGGGCCUGUGUGUGUGUUCGGGCUUUGAUCAGUCUGUGCGUGUGCUCAUCGUCACUAAACUCAACACGGUGUGAAAAAGUGCACCACACCAAAGACUGAUGGUCAGGAUCUUCAUCUAUUUCCAUUUUUGUAGGAUGCUCUUUUGUUGCACUAUUGGCAAACAUUGUUGUUCUCCAGUUCUCCCUGUUGUGAAAACUGACUUUUGAUAUGAUGUUUUUUUUUUUGUGAACUUUGUGUUUACAGAUUAAAUGUGUCUUUUGUAGAAAAAA